AAACAAAAUCUUGCUGAUGAAAUAAAUUUCUGUUUUGAAAUGAAAUGGAGCUUUUUCUUAAUUUAUUUUGUGCUUUAGUUAUUUUAGCUCUUCUUGGAAUUUUAGUGGUACGUUAUUAUAAUCUUCGUUCAAUACGUGUGUUAUUUUCCGAGCUAUAACACAGAAAUGUUGUUUUUCAGGGGAUCGUGAUUAUAUAUGCAACAACCAGUGAUACGUUUGCAGUCAUAGAACGUUUGUCUGAUGAGAAAUAUUUUAUUGAUCCGGCUAAACAAAAUACAAAAUGUCCAUUUCCUUAUCUGGAACAAGAAUCUAGUAUUGAUUUAUCUGUGAUUGUGCCAUCUUACAAUGAAGAAGAAAGAUGUAAGUAUUGUGAUGUAGUCUGA